CUCCCCCUCCCUCUCUCCUCUUCUCUCUUCUCUCUCUCUCUGACCAAAUGGAGAAAGCAGCAGCGGAGGGAUCCAUGGCGGCCGAGCGCGACCCGGAGAGGUCGCAGCACCACCUCACAGUCCCCUCCGGGUUGACUCAGUCCGAGUUCGAGGAGUUGAAGCCGAGCGUGGCCGAGUUCCACACGUACCGGGUAGGCCCGGGGUAUUGUUCCUCGCUACUGGCGCAGCGAGUCCACGCGCCGCUGGAGACGGUGUGGAGGGUGGUGCGGCGGUUCGACCGGCCGCAGACUUACAAGCACUUCAUCCGGAGCUGCACGGUCAGAGAAGGGUUUGUAAUGAGCGUGGGAUGCACGAGGGAGGUGAAUGUAAUUUCGGGGCUACCAGCGGCGACGAGCACGGAGAGGCUGGACUUGCUGGACGAUGACCGACACGUCACCGGGUUCAGUAUUACAGGGGGAGAGCACCGGCUGAGGAAUUACCGGUCGGUGACCACCGUGCAUGGGUUCGAGCGCGACGGGAGGAUCUGCACGGUCGUUUUGGAAUCGUAUGCGGUGGAUGUGCCGGAGGGGAAUAGCGAAGAGGAAACGCGACUGUUCGCCGAUACGGUGGUCAGGUUGAAUCUGCAGAAGCUGGCGUCGGUCACGGAAGCCAUGGCCCGUGACGGUGACGCUAAUUUCCAGGUCUGAUCUAUGCGAGAGACGCAAAAAAAAAAAGUCACAGUUUUUGUUUGGCGUUUGUUUUGGGCAUUCUAUUUUGUUUUCCUUGUUGCUUUAAUUUUGUAAGUAUCCUCCUGCUUAUUUUUUUUGUUGAGUCACGAAAAUGUCCUUGAUUUUAAUGGAUUGACCGGAAUGCCAUGGUUGGGGAAUUCGGAAUUGUCAGCGGCAUUCCAGUCUAUAUGUACAGUUUGAGGACGCAUGUGAAUAUUUUGGAUUCAGCAAUUACUCCAAACGUGUUAUUCCAUCGUAGUUUUGCAAUAUACAUU